AUGCUAGCAACGUCGACCAGGCCUGCCGUUGCAGGUCCAAAUGGCAAGCCAACGUAUCACACGGUGACGGCUUUGAAGAGAUGGUCAUGUGAUGAUAAGGAUUUGCCAGCUGUCAACGACAUCAAGGCCAUACACGUCUACGACUUCGACAAUACUCUAUUCGCAAGUCCUCUUCCGAACAAGCAACUAUGGAACAGCGCCACGAUAGGCCAACUAGGUAGCCCAGACAUGUUUCUGAGUGGAGGCUGGUGGCACGAUGCCAGCAUCCUAGGAGCCACUGGCGAAGGUGCUGACAAGGAAGAGAUGCGCGGCUGGGCAGGCUGGUGGAAUGAACAGAUUGUCACACUUGUGGAGCAAUCGAUGCAGCAAAAGGAUGCUCUAAACGUUCUCCUUACCGGCCGCGGCGAGUCCAAUUUCGGUGACCUCAUCAAGCGCAUCGCUAGAAGCAGGAAACUCGACUUCGAUAUGGUUUGCCUGAAGCCCGCAAUCGGGCCCGCCGGGCAAAAGUUCAGGAACACGAUGGAAUUCAAGCAGGAAUUGCUCAAGGACAUCGUAUAUACAUACAAAGAUGCGGAAGAACUGCGAAUCUACGAGGAUCGUGUGAAGCAUACGAAAGGUUUCCGCGAUUUUUUCUUCCAGUUCAACAAAGAUCUGAUGGCUGGCCAACUAAAAGGCAACCGCAAACCCAUCGUCGCUGAAGUGAUCCAGGUUCCCGAGAACGCGACUCAGCUAGAUCCCGUCGCUGAGAUUGCUGAGAUUCAGAAGCUGAUGAACGCACACAACACGCAGGUCAGAAAUGGUACAGCGCCGCCUGGAACUGUACCAUACCAGAUCAAGAAGACGGUGUUCUACACAGGAUACAUGAUCCCCGCGAGCAUGACUGAGAGGUUGACUUCGCUCGUGAAGCUCCCCCAGGCAACUCCGGACAACGACGUCAGGUAUCUUGCCAACAGCAUUCUGAUCACCCCAAAGCCUUGCCCGAAGAGUAUCCUCGAUAAGGUCGGUGGUAUCGGAGCCAAGGUCAAAUGGAAGGUUACUGGCGUAUCUUGUUUUGAGAACAAGCUGUGGGCCGCCCGGGUCGAACCUGUACCGAAGACAGCGAAGUACUACUCUGAAAACCCUACCCCGACUGUCGUACUAGCUAUUCGCAAGAACGGGCGACCUGCAGAUGCAGCGCGCAUCGUGAACUGGCACCCGGUGUCAGACGAUCAGGCUUUUGAGUUCGACAGCGUGGUGGGCGAGAAGCAGAUGCUGCGCAUCGAGGAAGAGACCGCAAACGAGAGUGAGUGGGAAAGCUAUUUCCCGAAUAAGUCCUAUCAUAAACGCUCUGCAGAGCCCAACCACCGUCACGGGGACAACCGGUCACACAACGCGCGCGGCAAAGACGAUAACCGUCAAUCAGGAUACAGGGGCGGCCAUCAGAACCGGGGCCGUGGCGCUCACAGAAAUAAUCAGUACAACAAUCGUGGUAACCGAGGCGGGUACCGCGGCGACCGAGGUGGACGCGGCCGUGGUCGUGGUGGAGGUGGCCAGUCACAGUACAGGAGCCUGGAUGAUGUCGGAGGCAACUAUGGACAAUCAGGCAACGAUAACAACCCUGAUGCCUUUUACUGA